CUCCAGCGGAUAACAUGCAGACGACGGUGACGCAUGGGCUGUGCUGGACAAACCACUCCGACUGCUGAUACACCGCGCUGAUAAACCUGCUAAAUACCUCUUUUACACCAAAAACAUCGACGGACUCGAGGCGUUAGUGUUGUUGCGACCACUGCAGGGUUUUGCUGGAGCCAUGGUUUAGUCUGAUAUAACGGUCACAGAUCUGGAUGAACGCUAUGGCUGCAGUGGUGAAUUAUUCUCCACCGUGGUGGGUUAACCUUUUCCAUCGCCUCCCGCACUUCAACCUACAGUUUCAGCAGACCAGCAGUGAUUUCCGACCGGAUGACUCGGAUUAUCAGAAGGCGGUGUUGUUGCUGGGAGCAGCAGCAUUGGUUUGUUUGGCGCUGGACCUUCUCUUCCUCCUUUUCUACUCAUUUUGGCUGUGCUGUUGCCGCAGGAAGAACCAUGACUCGCCCAAUGCUGACUGCUGCUGCACAGCCUGGUGUGUGAUCAUCGCCACGCUCGUGUGCAGUGCUGGCAUUGCAGUCGGUUUCUAUGGAAACGGCGAAACGUGCGAUGGCGUGACACGGCUGACAUAUUCCUUGCGCCACGCUAACCAAACAGUGGCAGGCAUCGACAAACUGGUCUCAGAGAGUACAAGCAGUCUGAAUGAAACCCUGAUGGAGGGUUUGGUGCAACUGGAGACCGUGUACUCGAAGCAGACAGACUACCUGUCCAUCGUCCAGAAACUGCAGGGCCAGCUAGACGAGCUCAUCAAUCUGAUGCUGGGGGUGCCUUUCUGGAGCAGUAAUGAUCUGUCUUUGGAUCACCUGGCCUCCAUCACUGAGCAGUAUGACUGGUACAGGUGGUUGGGUUAUCUGGGCCUGCUGCUCUUUGAUGUCAUAAUCUGCCUCCUUGUUUUGGUCGGUCUCAUACGCAACUCUAGAAGCAUCUUGAUUGGUGUUUGUUUUCUAGGUGUGCUGACGCUGGUUAUCAGCUGGGCUUCACUUGGGCUUGAGUUUUCUUUUGCUGUGGGUGCCAGUGAUUUUUGUGUUUCUCCUGACUCUUACAUCACCAAAGUGACACGUGAGAACGCCGUUAUCAACCAAGAUAUCCUGCAGUAUUAUUUGAAGUGCAGCAUGGGACAGACCAACCCAUUUCAGCAGAAACUCUCUGGGAGCCACAAAGCCCUCGUGGAGAUGCAGGAUGAUGUUUCUGAGCUCCUGCGUUCAGCUAUCAGAGAUUUCCCCAAGACAAAGAGUAACCUUGAGGAGAUGCAGGGGGUGUUAAACUCCACUGAAGUCUCCCUCCACCAUCUUACUGCCCUGGUAGACUGUCGGAGCCUGCACAUGGACUAUGUGCAGGCUCUGACCGGACUGUGUUAUGAUGGAGUCGAGGGUCUCAUUUAUCUGGUCCUGUUCUCAUUCGUCACCGCGCUAAUGUUUAGCUCCAUCGUCUGCAGUGUGCCACACACCUGGCAGAGCAAGAGGUCUGAGGAGGAGGAUGGUGAUGAGACUUCGGCCACUCUCGGCUCGCGAGCGCCGCAUGAUAACCUGUACCGCGUGCACAUGCCUAGCCUGUACAGCUGUGGCAGCAGCACCUACGGCAGUGAGGCUAGUCUCCCCGCUGCGGCACACACUGUCAGCAACGCACCAGUCACUGAGUACAUGAGCCAGAAUGCUAACUUUCAGACCCCUCGGUGCGAGAACACGCCACUCAUUGGCAGAGAAUCCCCCCCGCCGUCAUACACCUCAAGCAUGAGGGCCAAAUAUCUGGCAACCAGCCGCCCAGACCAGCCCCGGCCAACAGAAUCCCAGAACGGCCUGGAGCCCAACAUGCGACCAGACCUAACCAGCCGCUCAGCUCCCAAUAGCCGACCAAAUUCAGCCAUCCACCGGCCCCACUCUGCCAUCCAUUAACCACUCUCGAAUGCGUAACCAAUAGCCAUCUACCUGUCAAGUCCACUAGUAUGAAGUUUGUCUCCAGUAACAAAGUCCACCCUACCAUUCUUGUAUCUGAUUGGAAUCAGCCGCCCGUA